GAAUCAAUCGAUUUCUCAGUCCAAAUCUCCAAGUGUUCACACCUUAAAAAAGCUUUUUUUCUGUGCGUGUUUUUAAGGUGGGCAAAAUUUCGGUCAAAAUUGGUCCUCUCUCGAGCUGGUGCUCAAAAAUGGGCUGUGCUAUGAGUGCAGAGGAACGAGCUGCCCUAGCCCGGUCCAAACAGAUUGAAAAAAAUUUAAAAGAAGAUGGUAUUCAAGCUGCUAAAGAUAUAAAACUGUUACUAUUAGGGGCCGGAGAAUCUGGUAAAAGCACAAUCGUUAAACAAAUGAAAAUUAUCCAUGAUAGUGGUUUCACCCAAGAGGAUUUCAAACAAUACAAACCGGUUGUCUAUUCCAAUACCAUCCAAUCCAUGGUAGCCAUUUUACGAGCCAUGCCUAAUUUAGGAAUAUCAUUUGGUUCCUCGGAACGUGAAUCGGAUGCUAAAAUGGUGUUUGAUGUCGUUUCCCGAAUGGAAGAUACUGAACCUUUUAGUGAAGAAUUACUUGCUGCAAUGAAACGCCUUUGGGUCGAUGCAGGAGUCCAGGAAUGCUUUGGUCGGUCCAAUGAAUAUCAGCUCAAUGAUUCGGCAAAAUAUUUUCUUGAUGAUCUAGAUCGAUUGGGACAAAAGGAUUACAUGCCAACGGAACAAGAUAUUUUACGGACUCGGGUAAAGACAACUGGUAUUGUUGAGGUCCACUUUUCUUUUAAAAACCUCAAUUUCAAGCUAUUCGAUGUGGGUGGACAGAGGUCAGAGAGAAAAAAAUGGAUCCAUUGUUUUGAAGAUGUAACCGCUAUUAUAUUUUGUGUUGCCAUGUCUGAAUACGACCAGGUUUUACAUGAAGAUGAGACAACCAAUCGGAUGCAGGAAUCUGUUAAACUAUUUGAUUCUAUAUGUAACAACAAAUGGUUCACUGAUACCUCAAUAAUAUUGUUUCUCAACAAAAAAGAUCUUUUCGAGGAAAAGAUUAAAAAAUCACCUUUAACAAUAUGCUUUCCAGAGUAUACGGGAGCCCAAGAGUAUGGUGAAGCUGCGGCCUACAUUCAAGCCCAAUUUGAGGCUAAAAACAAGUCAACCACUAAAGAAAUUUAUUGCCAUAUGACCUGUGCUACGGAUACUUCCAACAUUCAAUUUGUUUUUGAUGCUGUUACCGAUGUCAUUAUAGCCAAUAACUUGAGAGGAUGUGGUCUAUACUAGUUCAAAAGACGUCUUUAAAAGCAAGAGCAACAACAACAACAAAGCAUGAUGAAGGAAAACAAAAUCAAGUCAGAAUGUUCGUGAAACAAAUGAAAUAACCAACAUAAAAUGUUCUGUUUACCAAAGAGGAGGACAGAGACGAAAAGAGGGAAGAAGUAUCAAAGAAGAAGAACCCUUAAAAGAUGAUAAUGAUAAUGAUAAUUUUUGGUUGACGAUUAUAAAAAAAGAAGAAGAAGGAAUAGGAAAAGCAAGAGUCAAAGGAUAGAGGUGAGGAUGGAAAUAGAGAUGAAGAUUAAGGUGAAGGUGAACAAAAAAAGCAGGGAAGAAGAAACAUGAAGGUGAUGCUGUUUAUUAUAUUUGUGAUGGUUGUAGGAGAGGUGAGGAGAGUGAAAAAAGGACCAAGAAAAGAAGAAAAGGUUGGACAUUAAAAGAAACGGUAUAAACUGUGUGGAUGAUAAUGAAAAAGAAAGUAAGAAAUGAGUAAAAUGAGGUUGAAAAUACGAAAAAAAACAAAACAAAUAGGAAUCAACAAAAGACAUGCACAGUCUUAUUCGAACACCUCCUCCUUCUUCUGUUUCGUCUCCAUCUCUUAUCAUCAUCUCUUGGUUUCCUCUUCUUUCUCCUUCUUCGACCUUCUUUCUUUUCUUUCUUUCUAUCCUAUUUUCCCAUAAAGCACACAACACACACUCAACCAACAAACACACAUUCUCAUCCUUAAAGACUCACGACUCAUAUAAACAAAAUCAUUUAAAGCACCACAAACUUUCCCUCAAUCUAACCCAUUCCUUUUACCAUGACAAAUUAAUCUACUAUUAUCUAUAUUUUUGCUUUAUUCCUUCCCUGAGUUCACUUUGCCAUUGGUCAUACAAUUCCCAUCCAUUUCGCUCCAUUCUUGAUUAAACUUUGAUUCAGGUUUCUCAUUUCUGCUUUUCUCAAACAUGAUCAACAAUUAUUAAUACUGUUAUCGUUGCCUCUACAACAAGUGAGAGAAAUCUGUGAGAUUUUUUUUUCUAUCUCACAACCCUGUCCCAUCCCUGAAUACUGGAUUCCUGGUCUCAUUUCAGUUAUCUGAUCUCACUCUUUUCCCUUUCUUCUCCUGAUACCAAUAUUUAAUAGUAUAUUAAAUAUAAAUGUCUAUUUACUCUUUCUCGCUUUCUCCAAACAUGGACCAGCAUGGAAACUAAAUUCCGAUUAAUUUGUCUGAAAGUAAAUUCAGACAGUAUAUGUUGAGUCAUUAACUCUCUCUCUCUCUUUCCCUUUUUUUUCAUCGGCAUCAUCCUCAUCUUUGUCAAUGUCAUUGUCAUCUUCAUCGUCUUCAUCAUCCACCAUCUUGAUCAUCAUUACCGUCACCAUCACCAUUUUAUAAUCAUCAGUAAAAUCAUUUUAAAUCAUUCUUCUCUUUGCUCUUACUUCAAUCAAACCAAAAAAAUCAACCAAAGUCAAUGUCUAAAAAGUCUAUGAACCAACCUCAACAAAACCACGACGAUUUGGGAAAGACUUUCUCAUCAAUAUCAUCGUUUCAUGAUAAAUAUAUAUAAAAACACUCGAAAUCAACAAAGAAACAAAAUGAUACUAACAACAUUCUCUCUCUUCUUUCUUCCUUUGUGUCCAUCUCUCUUUCUAUCUUUCUCUCUCGCUCUCUCUUCACUCAACAACAAAUUCACAACAAACAUACAGCCACACACACAAAAAAACAACAAACAACAGCAUACCAAGAAGCAAAUCAUUCACAAUAUAUACUAUAGUAUAUACACUGUUUUGGAAACUCUGUCGAUUCAAUCUUCUCUAUCGGUCUUCAUCUCUUGCUUAUCAUCUCUUCAAUUUUUAAACUGAUCUCUUUUUGAAAUAUUACUCUUUCACUCUCUCACACUCUGUCUUUGUCUCUCUUUCUCCUUUCUCUCCUUCCCACUCCCAGUCUCUCACUGAUUGCAAAUUCCUAAUUAAUUCUAAUUAUUUCUUUUAUUCUUUGUGCUUUGUGAAUCAAUUCAUUUCUUUGCUUUCAAAUGGUUUCCCUUUUAUUUAUUAUCAUCUAUUUAUUUUCCGUUAAAUCUGCUUUCCUUUCAUUACCUCUUAUCCAGUAAUUAAUCCUUUUUUAUCUUCGUCAUCUCUCUUUGUUGCAUUCAGAACGUUUCUUCUAACUUUUUUGUUUCCAUCAUCAACCUUUAACACUUUUGCUUUUUUACUUCGACAUCUUUUUGCUUAUUUCUCCCUUUACCGUAACGAACAGUUCUAUUGAACUUCGUUUUUCAUUAUUAUUUAUUUAUUUAUUAUCAUUUCUCCGUGAAAUUAUUUUAUUCUGAGAAUUUGUUUUCAGUUUGUCAAUAAAAACACACGAUU